GGGCGUGGAAGGGCCUCUUCACGGAGCGCCUGCGUCAGGGGUCCGGUUCUUGGGCACGGCGGCGGCCCUGGGAAGGGUAGAAGGACGAGAGAGGGCUGGCGAUUUAAAGGUGCAGUAUCAUGGUUAUGAAAGCUGCAGUAGAAGAUGAUGAUGCUGGAUGGGAACUCGGUAUGCCAGACAAGAUGGAAAAGAGUAAUACAAGCUGGAUAGAUAUAACCCAGGAUUUUGAAGCAGCAUGUAGAGAACUGAAGUUAGGAGAACUGCUUCAUGACAAGCUUUUUGGUCUUUUUGAGGCGAUGUCUGCCAUUGAAAUGAUGGAUCCGAAGAUGGAUGCUGGUAUGAUUGGAAACCAAGUUAAUAGAAAAGUUCUGAACUUUGAGCAAGCUAUUAAGGAUGGCACCAUUAAAAUAAAAGAUCUCACUUCACCUGAACUGAUAGGAAUAAUGGAUACAUGUUUUUGUUGUUUGAUCACAUGGUUAGAGGGACAUUCCUUGGCGCAGACGGUAUUCACUUGUCUUUAUAUUCACAAUCCAGACUUCAUAGAAGAUCCUGCUAUGAAGGCUUUUGCUCUGGGGAUCCUAAAAAUCUGUGAUAUCUCCAGAGAAAAGGUUAACAAAGCAGCUGUUUUUGAGGAGGAAGAUUUUCAGUCAAUGACUUAUGGGUUUAAAAUGGCGAACAGUGUCACAGAUCUUAGAGUUACAGGUAUGCUAAAAGAUGUAGAAGAUGACAUGCAGAGAAGAGUGAAGAGCACUCGAAGUCGACAAGGAGAAGAGAGAGAUCCAGAAGUUGAACUUGAACAUCAACAGUGUUUAGCUGUAUUCAGCAGAGUGAAGUUUACCCGGGUGCUACUGACUGUUUUAAUAGCAUUUACCAAAAAAGAGACAAGUGCGGUUGCAGAAGCUCAGAAACUAAUGACUCAGGCAGCUGACUUGCUUUCUGCGAUCCACAAUUCUUUGCAUCAUGGUAUCCAGGCACAGAAUGAUACCACUAAGGGAGAUCAUCCUAUUAUGAUGGGCUUUGAGCCCCUUGUUAAUCAGAGAUUGCUGCCACCAACUUUUCCUCGAUAUGCAAAAAUAAUUAAAAGGGAAGAAAUGGUCAAUUAUUUUUCCAAACUAAUAGACCGAAUUAAAACUGUAUGUGAAGUAGUCAACCUAACUAAUUUGCACUGUAUACUGGAUUUUUUCUGUGAAUUUAGUGAGCAAUCACCAUGUGUUCUCUCCAGAUCCCUGUUACAGACAACUUUUCUGGUAGAUAACAAGAAGGUGUUUGGCACUCACCUCAUGCAAGACAUGGUAAAAGAUGCUUUAAGGUCUUUUGUCAGUCCUCCAGUACUUUCUCCAAAAUGUUGUCUUUACAAUAAUCACCAGGCAAAGGACUACAUUGAUUCCUUUGUGACACACUGCGUUCGGCCUUUCUGUAGUCUGAUUCAAAUCCAUGGUCACAAUAGAGCUCGUCAGAGAGAUAAGCUGGGUCAUAUUCUUGAGGAAUUUGCCACCCUGCAGGAUGAGGCAGAGAAAGUAGAUGCAGCACUUCACAGUAUGUUACUGAAGCAGGAACCGCAAAGGCAACAUUUGGCUUGCUUGGGCACCUGGGUCCUGUAUCAUAACCUCCGUAUCAUGAUACAGUAUCUUCUGAGUGGCUUUGAGUUGGAGCUUUACAGUAUGCAUGAAUAUUACUACAUAUAUUGGUACCUGUCAGAGUUCCUCUAUGCCUGGCUGAUGUCAACACUGAGCCGCGCAGACAGCUCUCAGAUGGCAGAGGAGAGAAUAAUGGAGGAACAACAGAAAGGCCGCAGUAGUAAGAAAACAAAGAAAAAGAAAAAAGUUCGCCCUCUCAGCAGAGAGAUCACCAUGAGUCAAGCAUACCAAAACAUGUGUGCUGGGAUGUACAAGACAAUGAUUGCAUUUGACAUGGAUGGAAAAGUAAGAAAACCGAAGUUUGAACUGGAUAGUGAACAAGUGCGAUAUGAGCACAGGUUUGCUCCAUUCAACAGUGUUAUCACACCACCCCCAGUGCACUACUUGCAGUUUAAGGAAAUGUCUGAUUUAAAUAAGUACAGCCCACCUCCUCAGUCAUCAGAUCUCUACAUGGCAGCUAGCAAACACUUUCAGCAAGCUAAAAUGAUUCUUGAGAAUAUUCCCAAUCCAGAUUAUGAGGUCAAUCAAAUUCUAAAGGUUGCUAAACCCAAUAUCGUGGUCAUGAAGCUGCUGGCAGGAGGCCACAAAAAAGACUCUAAGGUACCUCCAGAAUUUGACUUCUCCCCUCAUAAAUAUUUUCCAGUUGUGAAGCUUGUGUGAAACAACACAUGGUUGUUGAUAGGAUACCUGACGCAUAAUCUGUGCAUCAGAUACAGCUGUAGGACGGAUUAUCUAGUACUAUAAUCAGACUGAGAGGGAUCUCCGGGACAAAAGUACUGUUACAUGGAAUAUCUAUAGUAUGCCUUUUUUUACUUGACCUGAAUGACAACUGCUGUUUAUCAAGUUGUACAGUUAAAGUUGAUUUUCAUCGAUGUUGAAAAAUGGUUUUACCUUAAUCAAUUUUUUAUUACGGAUUUAAUCACAAAUCACUUUAAUGAGUGAACUCUGAUAAGAAGAUAUUUUAGUUUAGGGAUUUUAGUAACAUUUGGGGAUGAAUAAAAAUAAUGCAGCAGAGCACCAUGUCUGAGAGGCACAGCUGAGCUACUGAAACUCUGUUUUGAACAAAGCUACUUUGAGAUAUUGUGAGUUUCCAUGCUUUGGCCAAAAUUUUAUCAAACUUUAUUACUUUGCAAGCAGAAAGACUGGGUUCUUUUCUUGCCAAGUCCUGCAAGCUAAAGCAAUCUUUACAGAAAUUAAGAGCAGAAGAAAACUAAUUGUUUAGCUCCUACUGCAGUGAAUUCAGUGACAUUUUAAUGCAACUAGUUGUUUAGGAGGUAUUUUGUCUCAAAUACAGGAAAAGUCCUUGAGGACCAUCAUGGGAACACAACACACUAGGCAUAAAGUUACCACUUUGCAACUUUAUUUCAAGCCUGUUGUUACUUUGCCAUUGCAAAGGAAGGAUUGCCGACCUGUUGUUCUGUCACCUCUUGCAUGACUUUCGUUCUCUUGUUUUUAACUGCCAUGCUGCCACUGGAUCCUACUGCCUAAUGUAGUGGUUGAUUGAGGUAGAAAACCCAAACAGGAGCCCGAAAACUGCCCUUUUCUUCCUGGAGUGCUUCUUUGUCCUUUGUUUCCAGAUGUAAAGUGCUGCAGCUAUGCUGAUGAGCAACCUUCUCAUGCAAGAGAGGAGGGAAAAAAAAACAAUUAAAAAAGAUAACUUACUUUUAGCUGUCCUGCCAAGUCUUACCUGGGCCAUAAAAGCAAGUCUUCCAGGUUUGACUGUGUUGGAUCGGACAGCUCUUCAUUUUGGUGCUUUUGGUGCAAAAUGGCUUCCUCCAUAGCAAUGCAUUUUUGUCCAUGCAAGUUGCUUGUUUGUGUUUCUCCUAACAAUUUGUUCUGUGGAGUAAUCCUCCUUUAACUCCCCACUGCUAAGCUACAGUUGGAAAACAAGAAACUCUGAAGAGGAACAGGCCCUUGUCUGCUAGGAAUUUCCAGUUUCUUGAAAUAAGCAGGAGUACUGUUAAGACACAGUUUUCCUCAUCUCCAUGCUAAAGAGGCUGCAGCCUAUUUUACAUGUUUGCUUAUUGUCAUGAUUAAUAUACCUGAUGCUUCUGUAAUGAAAAUCCUGGGAAAUGCAGGCGUAAAGAUGGCAAACUGGCUCUAGUACAGGACACUGAGAAUUUGUCUGUUUUUUGCUGCCUUCUUACGAACAGUCACAAAAUCUUUCCUGUCUUAAAAGUCUUGAACUCCAUGACAACAGCUGAAGGACAGCCUUUGGUAUUUCUCGAGAGGAAGCAGCAAGUGAAACAAAAGCCAAGUUCCACAUCAUUUAUAGAACCAAGAAAACACAAUUCAUUGUCUUUCCUGUUUUCGUUAACAUUAGAAGCAGAUGAACUGUACAGAGUAAGGUGAAUACACAGAAGAGAAUUAUUAUUUUUAUUUUAAAAUGCAUAUCUAAAGUGGAUCAAACUUAAAUUUAAAAAAAAAAACCUGACAGACAAGUGUUUAACCCCAAGAUGGUAACAGCAAAGACACUGUCCCUGCCUCAUGCAACUGAAAAUUUCAGUUUGCAUUAUGUAAACUACAAUUCCAACUAAACAUCCUUUAAUUUUAAAACUCUAUAUCCUAGACAUCCAGCUUUAACUACUGAAACAUGCCAUUAUUUACUUGGGAAAAAAAACCCCCAACCUUAAUAGCUGAAGCUCCCCCAUCCUUUUCAAUUAGACGCUCAUACCUCCUUUUCUCUCCUGCUUACAAGCAUUUGUUUCCCGUGCUGUACUGACUGCAGUAACCUAGGUCAUUUAAGUCUGACUUGACUUAAAUGGUGAAAAGAACAGAGUAACCAGGAACUCAGUAACGGAAGUGCUUUUCUUAGAAGAAUUCAAGUUACAGGUGGCAGGUUGAUCAGUUGAACUGUUUACAUGUUCAGGCUUAAUAAGCAGCAUUUGACUUGAGCUCUGCCUUUCACUGGAUGACAACUCCUAUCCUUUUCAUACACAAUAACUAGCCUUCCACUUGCAGAUACAGAUAUGUUAAGGUACAUGAGUUGUAAACUAGUACCCUGAGGAGUGACACACCACAAACACAGAUACAAAAUGAACUGCAGUAAGAGAAAGCCAAGACGUAUUUGUAUUUUCUUAAAUUGCUUGUUGGGAAGUUAAUCAUGUCUGUCUCCAUGCCGUCUUGAUGAGGGUUGGUUAAUAGUCACAAAGACUGCUCCAAACACAAAUACAGUUUUCAAACAAGCUGGUUACACAGAGUGCAGGCUGGACUGGUGCCUUAGUUGGUAAGAGAAGGUAUUCCUAGGUUAUUGCAAGUAAACUAGUGUCUAGUUUACAUUCAAUGAGUUAACAGAAAAGACAGACUACAGGAUAUUGACAAGAGUUUCACCUAUGUGAGACAUUGAGAUGUCUGUAAAGGCACAGUCUGGCUUCACUUCUUUACAAGUCCAGCCAAAAGCGAUUAGUCACUUUGAACAGCUGAGGUGACUGCUGUUCUACAAGACCAGCGUUUCCCUUUCUGUGAAGACAGGGUGGAGUAAAGGGCAGGCCGCACACACCACUUCAGAUGGCUUCUUGUCACAGAAAGUGCAAGAGUGCGAACAUUUCACACCGAACAUAUGCAAGAUAGCAGUAACUGAACCUUUGUGUAGUACUGGUGUUGUGAACAGGAGUCCCACAGAGCUUUCAGAAAAGUCCUCCUGGCUAAUGUCUUAACCAGAUGAUACUAAUGUCAGAACCCUUUUUCCUAACCUAAAGGCUAAGAAAACAACCAGAACAGUGUUUCAGCCUGGCUACAGUGUAACCUAGCAACAUCAUUUUGGAGGCCCAGGAAAUAUACGGCUUAAGUGCAUAACCAUCAUGCUUUCUGUGACUACCUACACUGCAGUAAAAAGGUGCCAGAAUAGGCACAAGAGUAGAGUGUAGCUUGAGCCAAGUUUUCAGCCUUUCCCGCGUUUUGACAUGGCAAGUUAGUUCUUCCUAAGCUCCUCUUAAAACCAGGCUGGAGAUUUCUCUCUCCUGCAUUAGUCAGGGAAGAAAUUUGUCGUUGGCAGAGGACUUGUGCUCAUCUGCCACCAGUCUGGAGGUUCUGUCAGUAUCUUACAGGUAGGAAUGAAAGAGUCAUUGCAAAGGUCAAGCUGCUUUAAACCAAGCUUGAAUCAGUCGAAACACUUCACACAGGAAAUACUACUUCAUUUGGGCUCUUAUUGAAGCCUUGAGAAGAUAAUCAAAAGGUUCUGGAAUCACUUUUCUUGUCAUUGCUGCAUUUUUAUGAAGAGGUGAUGAAGUUGCACCAUGAACCUCCUUUAUUCACAACUUUUGUCGUUCUUCACCAUGCUCAGAUAAGUGAUUCUUCUCAUCUGCAGGGUUUUGAACUAAUUAGGACAAAAGAAAAAGAUACAGAAAUCUCUUUCAGGUGAUUGACUGACAAUUUUUAUCUAGAACAUCGCAGGAGAAACGUUGAAAGGACUGUUAAAUAUUGUAUAGUAUAGUAAAGCCUCUGAUACUGCCCCUUCCCACCACACCUCAAACAGUAUCUUCAGUGAUGCUACAAAGAGAGAUCAGGCUGUCAACAUGAGGGAAAGCUAAAAAUCAAACAGAAAUCAGCUAGCUCUGUCUGCUACAGGAUACGAUUCAAAGUAUCAUCUUAAAACUGUAAGCAUAUGUGGUACUGAGACUUUAUCUUUCUUUACCAUUUUCAAUCCCUGCAAGUGCUGCUUGCUUGUCCGUUUCUGAUUCAGCUUCGUUUUCAUCUAAAUUGUAAUCAACAUCCUUGUCCUGGUUUAGUGCUUCCUGUUUGUCUGGAAAAACAUGAAUUGGUUUUUAUGCUAUACCAUAAGGUCAUCUACACAAGAGACAGUUACUCUAACAGUCUUCCACAGAAUAUUUUGUUGCUGGAUGGAUUGCUGUCCAGAGUAGGUUUUCAUAUUAUUUUGCCAUUUAAACUGUUAAAUUUCGGAGCAGCUUUUGCUGUAAUUCUUAUCUAAAGAACUUGAUUAGACAGAAUCUUUGGGGAUUUGGACCAUGCAAUAAAAUUCAGUCAGCAUUCAGAGGGUCUGAAAGGAAAAGUGUUAGGUGAUUUCAGAAUACAUUGAAGUACAGCUUAAGGAAAAGCAAAACCUGAAAGCAAACGCUGAAACCUUGACUGGUACUGCUUUUAAAUGUAUUGCCACUACUGCUAAAAUAUAUCUGUUUCCCCCCUUCUUGUUUUAGUUUGUCCACCAAGCAGAAGCUGGAAAUACAUAAUUAAAAACACGUUAUGACGUGUUAAUUUGACACAAAAGUGCUUUUCUGUAAGAUAUUUUCUUCAGUCAUUCAUUACAUAAAAAAGGACAGUCAAUAAAGGAUAGACAGCUCAAAACUAAAUGGAAACGUUAUCUCUGAUUGCCAAACUACUACCCUUAUUUUUCAGUUAACCAGCUAGAGAAAGUAGCUAAUGGCACAGGUACAAGCAUUACAUACCCCAGGUUAGAGAAUGGAGUCUCUGGUUCUUAACAUUCUUAAGCCAAGACCCAAUUAGAAACAGGCCUGAAAAUGUUUAGCCUUAUGUUGUCCAUGUUCAGACCACCAUCAUUUUUACCCAGUUACAGACCUAAAGGUCUCAAACUUUUGAAACAAGCUUGUACUGGAAUAGAGAGGUUGUCCAGAGAAUGCACAAGAAAUCUUUUCUACCAUAGGAUCCCUUGGCUACAGGCAACCUAUGCAGUAAGGUAUGGUAUUUUUGUUAAACAGUCAAGCCUGAAGAACAUCCUACUAGUCUUCCUAGCUCACACAAACUGCCCUUUCACAGACUACAUGGUAGAGUUUUUUUCUUGCACUAAUUGUGUGAUUUAUUUAUUUUUACCUAAUCUUUCUGCUAUAUACUACUGUUAAAACGGAAGUCAUUCAGGUAACUUGUAUUCACAUCUCGCUGGGGGCCAGCCUGCUCUGACCAGCAUCUUUUUGUAGCAGUUGGAAAAAUAUUACUUUAACGUGCGUGCAGAUGAGAUUAUUUCUCCCAGUCAGGCCAUCAACAGUGUUAACAUCACUAUUCAGGAUUCUAUGAAUGCAUUUGCUAGAAAAGUAUAAACAGCAUUUUUUUGUGGGUCUUAAUUCCUGCUCCACCUGUAUAAGAAGACUUCCUCUUGAUUAUUCUCAGCUACUGGUUCCACCUGAGACCAAGAUCCUCAAGACAGACCUUUUGGUCAGGUUUAGGCACAGCAUCAAUACCCUGCUGCUCAGUGCCGUGGAGACCUGUGGUUCAUGGUCAGACAUGAACCUGCAACAUCUGCUGCAGUUUUGCAGACUGAUAUUAGUAAACUUUAGAUAUACCUGAAGUCUUUACUCAUGCUGGCUGACUUUGAAGAAUAGCUAGCACGUACAUGCUGACUCCAUAAAAAGACUCUCUGAAACUGUCAGUCCCUGCUUUCUCUCUGCUCAUCAGUGCUUUGAAUAGUUCACCUCUCAUAGUUUUCAAAUGCAUCCUUGUCUUCAAUAGCAAAAAGUUUUGGGGAUAAUUUUCCCAAAUGGCUUGUACAGCCAAUGUAGAGAGGGAGGAUGGCUGCUACGGCUGACACAAAACCACCCAGUCUUGUAGCUCCUUGUUGCGGAGUCAGAGGUCUCCAUCUUUACCCAUGGACUGUAGAAGACUGCUGGGGACUGACUGACUUCUUACAUCUCACUAACCUUUACGAACCCUUAGACUAAGUCUGGCCAGCUGUUGCAGAAAUCCUGCCCUAUUCCACACUUUCAUUUUUUUACUGUUCUUAACAAUACGUGACAUGCUACCAACCGGCAUUUCUAGGGGGCAAGUCAUCCUGCUUAGCAUCAUAAUUUAGGAGCUGCUCCCUCUCAAUUUCCUCACUGGCAGCCUGCUCUGCUGCCAGCUGUAAGGCAUCUUGCCCAGCUAUGUGUUUUUCAUCUUCAGUCUGAUUUGGCUCCUUGUCUGACUCAGGCAGCAUCUCCUUGUCACUUGCAGCAGCAGCAAGUGACUCCUCUGGGUUCUUCAGUUGACUAGGAGGCUUCUCCUCUUCCGCUUCAAGGUCCUGUUUUCUGAUGUCAGCUAGGCUGUUUAUUCUUUCUGUAACAAAAUGUUAUUCUGAGUAAAAAGCUUUUCAGUACUGGCAGAAGUUAAAAACUUUUAAUAAAUACCGCCUUAUUUUUCUACUCAAUUCUUGUUUUUCCUCUGAAAUAGUACCAUUCAACCCCAUCAGUAUCAAAGAUAAAAAGAAGACAACCCAUGUUUUUCCUACUGGGAACUGCUAAAGAGAUGUUAAGAUGAUGUUUACUGUCAAGAGAUUCUUGCCUUUACCUAUCUAAAAUUUUGGUAUGUGCAGUUAAUACAUUAAGCAGCAGAAACAGUGCAGUUCAAAUGAAAGUUAACGGUGCGCUAUCCAAGCAUCAGGUUUCUGCAUGUUACACUUUGCUACCAGCGAUAAAGCUGAUUUAGUGUUCAAAAGUAGUUCAGGAUGAAGCAGUCACAUGGGCAGAUUUACAAGUAUACCAAGGCUGAGUUGACUUUUAAACGUGACAAGGAAGGGCAGGAGGGCUGUUAAUUUUAGCAAAUUGUGUAUUUUUUCCUGUAUAUUUGUAUUUUUCACCAAAAAAAAACCAUGGUAAAAUUUGCCUGCGUAAA